AUUGUUGGGAAAUGUAGUAUUGAAAGCCUCACUUGCCUGGUUGUGCGUACAAGUCAGUACUACGUUUCCCACACACCCUUGCGAGCCUUAGCUCGUGUUAAAUGGCGUCUCUGUGAAUCGAAAAGAAAUCGUAAGUGUUUUGUUGACAAGUGAAUAAGAUGGCAGCUGACUCCACAGACAAAAAAGAUGGUGAAACCUCAGGGACCAAAGAAAGAGAAAGGAAACGCAGCCGUUCACGAGACCGAGAUCGUAAAGUCUCACCUUCCCGAAAACGCCAUCGGUCUCGUGAACGUAAUCGCUCCAAAACGCCAGAAAGAGAGAGACGCAUUAAAGACAAGGAUAGAGACAAGGAGCGCGACAGAGAAAAAGACAGAGAGAGAAGCCGUAAAGAAAGAGAUGCCCACCGACGUGAUCGCAGCAAGAGGAGUCCCUCACCUAAGUCAAAGGAUAGCAGAAUUAAGAGAGAGAAGGAUAUAAAAACAGAAGAGGAGGAAGAUAAGAAAAAAGAAAAGGUUCAGCCACUCUCCUUGGAAGAGCUUUUGGCAAAGAAGAAGGCAGAAGAGGAAGCAGAGGCAAAACCUAAGUUCCUGACCAAAGCAGAGCGUGAAGCUGAGGCUCUAAAACGAAGGGAGCAAGAGACAGAGGAGAGAAGAAGGUUACUGGACGAAGAGAGGAAGAAGAGACGGGUUUUCCAAGACAUGGGGAGGAAGAUGCUGGAGGACCCACAAGAACGUGAGAGACGAGAACGAAGAGAGCGAAUGGAGCGGGAGAACAAUGGUAAUGAAGAGGAUGAUGGACGACAAAAGCUCAGAGAGGAAAAAGACAAAGUAAAAGAACUCCAAGCCAUCAAGGAGCGAUAUCUGGGUGGCAUGAAAAAACGUCGGAGAACUCGUCACUUGAAUGACAGAAAGUUUGUGUUUGAGUGGGAUGCUUCUGAAGACACAUCAGUUGACUACAACCCAAUUUACAAAGAAAAGCAUCAAGUGCAGCUGUAUGGUCGAGGUUUCAUCGCUGGUAUUGACUUGAAGCAACAGAAACGAGAGCAGUCCCGAUUCUAUGGUGACUUGAUGGAGAAAAGGCGAACGCUAGAGGAAAAGGAGCAGGAAGAGACAAGAUUAAAAAAAAUGCGUAAGAAGGAGGCCAAGCAGCGCUGGGACGACAGACACUGGUCUCAAAAGAAGCUGGAUGAGAUGACAGACAGAGACUGGCGAAUCUUCAGAGAGGACUACAGCAUCACCACCAAGGGAGGAAAGAUACCGAACCCCAUUCGAAACUGGAAAGAAUAUUCACUGCCAGCACACAUUCUGGAGGUCAUUGACAAAUGUGGAUACAAGGAUCCAACGCCUAUCCAGAGGCAAGCUAUUCCCAUUGGCCUGCAGAACCGUGACAUCAUUGGUGUGGCUGAGACAGGUAGUGGUAAAACUGCAGCCUUCCUGAUUCCGCUGCUAGUCUGGAUCACCACCCUGCCAAAAAUCGACAGGAUUGAGGAUUCAGACCAGGGACCUUAUGCUGUGAUCCUGGCCCCAACUCGUGAGUUGGCACAGCAGAUUGAAGAGGAGACCAUAAAGUUUGGUAAACCACUCGGCAUUCGCACAGUUGCUGUAAUUGGAGGAAUCUCCAGAGAGGACCAAGGUUUCCGUCUAAGGAUGGGCUGUGAAAUUGUUAUUGCAACCCCUGGUCGUCUGAUUGACGUGCUGGAGAAUCGCUACCUGGUACUGGGACGCUGUACUUACGUGGUCCUUGAUGAAGCUGAUCGUAUGAUUGACAUGGGCUUCGAGCCUGAUGUCCAAAAAAUUCUGGAGUACAUUCCAGUGACCAAUCAGAAACCAGACACUGAUGAAGCAGAAGAUCCUGAGAAAAUGAUGAUGAACUUUGAGUCUGGAAAACAUAAAUAUAGACAGACGGUCAUGUUUACAGCUACCAUGCCUCCAGCAGUGGAGAGGCUGGCCAGGAGCUACUUAAGACGUCCUGCUGUGGUGUACAUUGGCUCUGCUGGUAAACCUCACGAGAGAGUUGAACAGAAGGUCCUGCUUAUGUCAGAGGGAGAGAAGAGGAAGAAGCUGUUGGAGGUGCUGUCGCAUGGCUUCGAGCCUCCAAUCAUCAUCUUUGUCAACCAGAAGAAGGGUUGUGAUGUGCUGGCCAAGUCUCUGGAGAAGAUGGGGUACAAUGCUUGCACGCUGCAUGGUGGAAAAGGCCAGGAACAGAGAGAGUUUGCACUUUCAAAUCUCAAGGCAGGAGCUAAAGACAUUCUGGUGGCCACAGACGUUGCUGGUCGUGGUAUUGAUAUCCAGGAUGUCUCAAUGGUCAUUAACUACGACAUGGCUAAAAACAUUGAAGAUUACAUUCAUCGUAUCGGCCGUACGGGUCGUGCUGGUAAGAGUGGUGUGGCCAUGACUUUCCUCACAAAAGAGGACUCUGCUGUGUUCUAUGACCUGAAGCAAGCUAUUCUCGAGAGCCCAGUCUCCACCUGCCCUCCAGAGCUAGCCAACCACCCAGAUGCUCAACACAAACCCGGGACCAUUUUGACCAAGAAGAGACGUGAGGAAACUAUCUUUGCCUGAAUCUGUUUUGGAUGGCUGUGACAGGCAACUAAGAGCACCAGAGUUUGAGUCCAUUGACUCACCCCAAGCCUGUAGCUUUCCUGCCACUGUCCAAAAACAUGUUCAGGUAAAUUGGUUACUCUAAAUGCCUCUAGGUGUGUCCUUGUGUUGGCCUUGUCAUGGAUUGGCAAGCUGUUCAGGAUGCACUUCGUGUCUUCGUGCUGGGGUAGGCUCUAGCUGCAUCCAAAUUGAAAAUAAUGAAUGCUUUUAGGUUUUUAUCCCAUUCACAUUCAAACAUUUUUAAUACGUUCAGCGUUUAAAGGUAAUUGUUUUUGUUCUCUCAUUUUGUCAGCCUGUUUUUAUCUGCUUGUGCAGACAUCAUCACAACACAUUUAAAGAUUGACAUUUAUCACUGAACUGUAAUAAACACCUGAAUGAGUGUA